AUGAAGGUAAAGGGGAUUCAGCCAAACGAGCUGAGUCCGCUAACUGCCUUCGCUGGGUCAGAUAUUAGAUUAGAGGAGGCAGUCCGCGCUUCUGCUACUUUUCUGCUUUGGGAACGGCUAUACGGUGUGACAACGGCGUCUUCAACAGCGGACAAGGUAAGUCUGUAUUGCCUGCAGCAGCGAGAACGUGGUCCAGCAGUGGAGAGCUCAACUGGAGCGGCUCGGAAAAAUGGUUUACUGCUUCAACGUCCGCACGAUGGCAAGGUGAGGGAGUUGUGUAUAAAUGACGCAUCGAGUUUGGAGGGUGGGCAAGAGGCAGUCUCCGGCCUCCCUCGCGAUGUGCCGGGGCGCGCCUUGGCAAAUACAUUCCCGCGGGGGAACACCAGGGGCUUCAGCGAGGGAAACCGCAUCGCGGUCCCGGCUGAUUGCCACAGCGAAGCAAAACACGCCGUGGAGCGGCGAGAGUGUCGGCCUUUUCUGAGCGGGAGCAAGAGCGAUAAAACUUCUCCUUCUACGGGUGAAGCUGCGGAUCGGCUGUUGUUCUCCUUUUCAUCACCGCCGCCGCCUCUGCCCUCAUCCUCACCGUUGUCCGUGCCGGCAGCUGAACGGGGUUUGCCAUCGUCAGGUGGCGGGCUAUUUUCAUCACACACCCCAUACCGAGCAGUUGCGGAGGAAACGACUCUGCAAUUUCAGGAAGUCAAUGCCGGGGAGGACAACGUCGCGGAAAGAACUCUAGAGCCAAGUCGUGCCUCUGGAGGUUGCUGGCCCUCAUGGAGUCCCACAAGUGAGGUGUUGAAAUUGGGCGACGACGAUAGUGCUACGGAGAAAACCAGAGGGAGUGGCCCUUCUGAGCCACACGCUGGUGGCGGUCGACGCAGCAGUGGUAAGGCGGAUCAGCCACAACCGGGCCCGACGCGCGUGACGAGCAAUCCAGCUCCCCAGUGGCCGCGAUGGGAGGCCGCAAUGGAGCCCAGGCGUGUCACGAACGAAGAAGAGCUACUGGAUAAGGCUGUGCCGUGUGGGAGCUACGGAAAUGGGGAGGCUGUCACGUUUCCAGAAGACCUCUCUGUUGACUCUGCUGAAGAGGAGCGGGCGGGGCAUGCCUCCGAUGGUGCACCUUCCAGUCGGAGUGGGAGAGGUGUGUCGCCCUCCGCUCUGCUCCAACCCACGCGCGGGACGGUCGGCAGCGAAGCACCACUGGGAAGGAGCUCAGACGAGACAAAACUCGACAUUACAGCUGCGACGCAGUUGAGCGCGGGAGAGCGAAAGGAGAGGAAAACGCGACAGUAUCGUCCCCCAGCCUUUUACUCUGCUCGGGCACUUGACACUGCUGCGACGGCUGCGAUGGGCGGAGGUGAGGUGGCUUCUCACGCGUGGGGGAGUAGCGGCGCUCCUGUUCCGGCAAUAAAAUCCUCGCCGGAGGGUCCCGUGGUCUCCCCUGCGGUGACGGUCGUUCAGUGUGUACGUGACGACACCACGCCGCCGCCACAGGACUGGGCUUCUUCCCCCCUUGCAGAAACCACCCCCCUUGACUCCUUUGCCUCCUCUUUUUCAGAGGAUCUCCAGGGGGCGGAGGGUGACGGGCGACGUUCCCAAGAGCCGCGUACGCCUACCGGCAUUCAGGGCGAUGCUCAUGCCAUGCCCUCCUUGUCGCUGGAGAGAGACGGAAAAAGGGCGGCGGCUCCCCGCACCUCGCCCCAGGAGCCGCGUGGUGGCCCUCUUUAUAGUCGGCCUGAGGGGGAGGAGGAGGAGGAGGAAGGGGAAGAGGAAGAAGAAGGAGAAGCGCGGAAUAUUCCUGUUAGCGAGCAAACCGAGGAACUCCUUUUCGUGUCGCCUUCACCAUCUUUUAAAGACUAUGAAUGGGCUGCAAAGGCACAAGAGGCGCUGGAGCAGCAACAGCGACGCUUUUGCGCUCGCACCCCGUCCACCAACCCUCCUUCUCCCCCGCCCCCGUUGCAGGUCGGCGGGUUCGAGCUGCCCCAGCUGCCUCGAGGCCGCUAUCCCGCCGUCGCCGUCACAUGUAAUGCGGAGCGAGAGGUUGCAAGUAGCGAGAGCCCACAGUCCGUCCCGGAGCGGCACCAGCGUCCUCCUGCGAUCCCCGAGGGUGCGGCAUCACAGCCGGCGGGCAAUCCCGCCAAAAAGCUCCCCAGCAAACCCGCCUCAAAAACUACCCUGCGACCUCGGAGGGGGGCGACGGGUCACGGGCAGCCGUCGACGUCGCCGAAGCCCACCGCGGACACGCGGAAGCGACCUUGGCAGGCCAUGGCGUCUCCUCCUCCGACGGAGGCGUUCCCGCUUCCUCGAACGGUGCCGACAAGUGAGCCUGCAGUACGAAAAAAGGAGUUCACUACAAAGCGAACAAGAAGGUGA